UCUCUCUCUCCCUCUCAGAGAGCUCCGUGUGUUCCUGCUUCUAUCCCAGGAUCUAUGCGGCUCCAGCGACAGCAAAGACGGACUGGUGAUUGUAGCCAAAAGAAACGCCUUGCUCCUGCAACACUGGAUCUUUUUUUCUACAUGCGCCUCCAAUCGGAAUAAAUAACUGAGGAAUGUGGAAAUUACAGAAUGCCCAACAGCGCUGGAAAGAGAUUUAAACCCACCAAAUACAUCCCGGUGUCCACUGCUGCCACACUCCUGGUGGGAUCGACCACUUUAUUUUUCGUUUUCACGUGCCCCUGGUUGACAAAGGCGAUCUCUCCCGCUGUGCCCGUCUACAAUGGCCUCGUCUUCCUCUUCGUGUUGGCCAACUUCAGCAUGGCAACCUUCAUGGACCCUGGUGUUUAUCCACGAGCGGAUGAAGACGAGGACAAGGACGAUGAUUUCCGAGCGCCGCUCUACAAGAACGUGGAGAUCAAGGGCAUUCAGGUCCGGAUGAAGUGGUGCGCCACCUGUCACUUCUACAGGCCGCCUCGCUGCUCACACUGCAGCGUGUGUGACAACUGUGUGGAGGACUUUGACCAUCACUGUCCCUGGGUGAACAACUGCAUCGGACGGAGGAACUACCGCUACUUCUUCCUCUUCCUGCUGUCGCUAAGCAUCCACAUGGUGGGGGUUUUCUCCUUCGGCCUCCUCUUCGUCCUCCACCACCGGGAGAGGCUGGCAGCGCUGCACACCACUGUCACUCUGGUGGUGAUGUGCAUAGCCGGGCUUUUUUUCAUUCCAGUCAUGGGACUGACAGGUUUCCAUAUGGUGCUCGUGGCUCGAGGCAGAACCACCAAUGAGCAGGUGACGGGCAAGUUUCGCGGAGGAGUAAAUCCCUUCACCAGGGGUUGCUGUGGCAACGUGGAGUACGUCUUAUGCAGUCCCCUGGCACCGAGGUACACACUGGACCCCAGGAAAAAGGCCCACGUUAAAAUCCAGCCCCCCUUCAUCAGACCUGACCUGUCGGACAGACAGAUCACCAUCAAGGUCUCCGACAACGGGAUCCACAACACCAUCAUCCGUUCCAAGUCCAAAAGCAGCCUGGAUGGCCUGGACGAAAAAGAAACCCAGCCGCCCCUGCCGCCCAAAGCUGACAGGUACAACCAGCUGAAGAACCAGCUGACCUCCAGCGAAGUAGAGAGCUCGCUCUCUGGUAAGACGCAUCCUUCCACUCCAGCCAUGUACAAGUACAGACCGUCCUUUGGCACCAUGCCUAAAGUCCACUACCACACAGCUGGAGAGAAGAUUGUCAUGGCAGACGACCUGAAGACCUCAGCCAUCAUGGAGGAGGGUGUCCGUGGUCAUGACUACCGAUCCGAGCCGAACCUGGACAUGCCCGAGUACACCAACGCUCCCCUCCACCGCACCUUCCAGUCAUCCCCCCUCCAGCUGGACUCGGACCCCAUCGGCUCCCGCUCGCUCAGCCUGAAGCAGGGUCACUGCCGGCAGGAGAAGAGCCAGCUCCCCGCCCUGCAGCCACAGGCGCACACCUCCACCCCCUACAAGAGCGUCUUCUCCCCCAACGCGCUCUCCAACCGGAACGGCAGCCUGUCCUAUGACAGCCUUCUCAACCCCAGCGUCUCCCCCGCCGCUGCCGCCGAGUGCAUGGCCCACCGCGCCGCGCCCUCCAGGGGCUUCCACUCGCCGUACCUGCCCACCAAAAUGUGCCACAUCCGGGAGCCUGAGAUGCAGAGGCAGCAGGUGACGCUCACCUACAGUCCAGUGCUGCCCCCUAGAGGGAUGGGUAGGCAGUCCCCCCAUCCGAGGGAUAGGGACCCAUCCCCGGUCCGCUAUGACAACCUCUCCCAGACCAUCAUGGCCUCCAUCCAGGAGCGCAAAGAGAUCGAGGAGAGGGAGAAGCGCCAGAUGCUGCGCGGGCGCUCCCAGACACAUAUCUAUGCCCAGGACUCCGGCGUUUUCGACGGGGGCUACGGUCUUACCCAUAAUGCUUGCUACCCAGAAGGGCCUCGCUGCCCUGUUUCCAGGGGCCCCACACCCCCAGCCUACGGAGGCUCCAGGGACAACCUGAUGGGAGUCGGGCUGAGCUACGGGCAGCGAACCCCUGUGUUGCGCCACGCCGGCUCCACAUUAGGCCGGGCGCCAAGGACUUCAUCCACGUCCCUGCACACUGACCACAGCAGCUCCAACAGCAGCCACAGCCGGGCCCCCUGCCCCGACGGCCCCUAUUUCUCCCCGUCCCACCAGCCCCGAUCCCCCGCCAUGCCCCGAUCCCCCUCUUACUCCCACCAGAAACUCUCCUACAUCAGUGCCCUCGAGAGGACAGACUCACCUCGUCUGGGGGGCCCAAGAGAGGCCAUGAAAGUAAACGGGCAGAUGGACUGCCACCCCAGUGCCCAGGGUGCCACACUCAGCCCCAGUCGCCAUAGUAACGUCAAAAAGGUGACGGGCGUGGGAGGCACUACGUACGAGAUAUCAGUGUGAGAAGACACUCCGCGUCCAAUGACAACAGCCGACCUGCGACAAAGAGACUCCAGAUUACAGCCAAUCAGGGGGGCACAUUACACUUCCUGUUUUGGGAGUUAUCGUCCAAUCACAGGGUCUGUCUGCCAAGUACCUGUGUGAGUUUGUACAGGGCGGUUUUGUUUUGAGUUGAUCCUGUUGCAGGUUGUACUUGUGGAGGAGUGUCCUGCUGACUUUUUGUGGCCGUCCAACAGAUUGUCGAUAUUGUUUCUGUCGUCUAUCAGAUGUGGUCACAACGUCGUCUCCGGUUGUAAUACAAAAAAAAAAAAAAACACCACAGAAGAAGAAUUAAACACACAGGCGAGAAGUCAAGGUGCUACACAUUGCAUCGCACUGUUUCAGCGGAUUGGGUGGAGUUGUACAGAUUUUAAAAAGUGAUGCAGGAUUGAAAAGUUAUAUAAGCAACAAGUGCGAGUAAAAAAAACAAAAAAAAAACAGAUAUUGAGAGGGGACUGCUCAAGUUUUCUGUCUGGUGGUUGCAUUUGAAAUUUCUCUGAGAAAAGUUUAUAAUGAAAUAAAAUCAAGACAACAUGUCUCAGGAAUAAAUGCAACCAGGAGAGGUCGUCGAUUUCGAUUCACACAUGAUGAAUGUCUCCCUCUGAGGCCAGCUAAACCCCCUUCAUAUCCUUCAUUUAUCAGUUUUAUUAUUUUAUCCUGACCCAUGACGAUCACAGGAUUAACCGUGCUUUAAGGAUCAGAACAUCUCACCCUGUUUCAGCGAGUCGCGUCAGGCUCAACCAAAACAACUUCUCUGUUCAUGUUCUGUCAAGAAAAAAGGUUCAAUAUGAACGUUUUGUGUUAUAACAUAGGAAUGGAAGCGAGCCUUUUAUCCAGUGUAGUGAAAUGAAGACCGCUGGUCAUCCAGUCAUCGUAGUGUAGUUUUUUAUUUGGUUUGAUUCCUUUUUUAUAUACCCAUCAUUUAAAAGAAAUGUUUGAUACAUCUUUUUUUUAUACACUUAAUGAAGCCUGGAACAGAAGCUUUAUUUCGAGUGGAUUUCUAGUUGAUAAAUUCUGAAUCUGAGAUUGUGAUAAUGGACAUAAAAAGAAAAAAAAAACAUAAAGUGAAUACAGGUUGUUCUACCUUGCAGUGUGAAGAAGCGUACAAUGAAAUGUUAUGAUAGGGUGUGUGUGUUUUGAGGAAGUGUGAAAUGUUUGAGUCGAUCUCUAAGUCCACGUUAAAAAAAACAUGAAAAUGUUUCUCCAAGACACCAACAUGUGUCUGAGACUUCAUGAAGCCUGAACAUGUCAGGUCAGUCUGCAGCAGCUGUCUGGAACAGCUCCAGUGUCGUCUGCCACUCAAACUGAACUUUAUUUUCAUUUGUUGUUUAAAGUCUCAUCGCAUGAAUUACUUAAGAAGAAGAAGGCGGAGUGGGAGGAGUUUAUCUAUAUUUGAAACGAUCUGAAUAUAUAUAUAUAAAGAAAGCCGUGAGUUUACAUGGAUGUAAAAGAUCUUCACAUAAAGAAUGAACCAUCGUUGCCUUUGAGAGGAGAAGCUUUGUGUUUCAUGCGCGGUGAAACGUAGUGAGAUGAAACACUUGAAGGAACAUUUAGUUAGAACUCCAGAUGUAGGGAGGAGAGUGCUACUUGGACGCAAAGAAGGGAAGGUGAGAGGUGGUGUUCUUUGCAAAACGAUGUAAGCAGUCAAAGAAGAAAACAGCUAAGACAUCUUUAUUCUCACAGCAUGGUCAUGUGGAUGGCGUUAUCCCGGCGUGAAAUAGCCCAGGGUCAAUUCCACAGUAGUAACCCAGCCUCACUACAAACCUUCGGUAUAGACCACAUAAGUGUUGUAGUUAAGACCACACUAACCGAGACCAGAGUGCUCCGAGACAAGACAUUUAGAGAGCGAGAGCGAGACCAUAAAUAUCACUGAAAAAUCAUCAUCUUGUGUGCAGGGGGGCGUCACUCACUUAGACCGUAACACCGGGAGGGUUGUGGAGGUAACCGGGGGAUAAAAAUCUGAUUAUGAAUGAAUCUCAGUAAUGACGUGGAAAAAUAGACCAUCAGUGGUGUUCUUGAUUUAAAAUUAGGAGUCCAUCCAGUCUGAGACCAGGACAAGACCGAGUACAAAUGUUUUUUUUGAUUUGGAGACGAGACUUUUAAAAAGUGUUCUUGAGACCAAGACUACUAUUCUACUACAACACUAGACCACAUCCCAUCUUCCCUAAGAAAAGGUGACAGUCCAGAACCUGCAGGAUCGUUUUGUAGUUUUUAUUCCCCUUUUUGACAUCAGUGUAGGCAUUUUUUUUUUAAAGAUUUAUUCUCAGGCUUUAAGUGCCUUUUAUUUUGGAGACAGGACAGUGGAUAGAGGUCGGAAAUCAGGGCAUGUUGAAAAGAUGCCACAGGUCGGAUUCUAACCUGGGACGCACACUUAGAGGACUAUAGCAUCCGUACAUGGGGCGCGCGCACUAACCACUAGACUACUGGCACUUCCUAUGAAUAUAGGAAUGAGAUUAUUUCAUUUACACACAUUGGCUUUAAUAACAUCAUCUCCUCUAGUUUGUAGGUGUACUGACGCUCUGCAGGCCACACCUCUCUGACUCCAAGUGUGGAACUGGUCGAGUCCCACUAUGAACGGCUCAGUGUUUCUCUCCAUCCGUUUUUACUUCCUGAUGAAGGCCGGGCGCUGAAACGUGAUCCACAUGAGCGUGCUGUGACAGUAAAGGUGUUUGAAUCAUUGACUGGGAGUCCUCCUCGUUUCUUCUUUAAAAAAUGUUGCUAGUGUUUGUAGUGAGCAGGAGUGGGGGGGCACCGGAUAGCCUAGCGGUUAUACUGUGCACCCAAUGUACAGAGGCUGUAGUCCUCAUUGCAGUGACCGCGGGUUAGAAUCCGACCUUGGCCCUUUGCUGCAUGUCAUCCCCCUCACUUACUCGCUCUCCUCGGCUGUCCUGUCUAAUGAAGGCAAAAAAAAGGCCCCAAAAAUAAAAUCUGAGACUGACUUUAAAAUGUGAAUGGAAAGGUCUGGAAGAAGAAAAAGAUUUAUGACAUUUUUUAAAGGAUUUUUACAUUUCCCUCGAGCUCAGAGUGUGGAGGUGGCUCAGCUGUGGUGGACUUUAGCGUCUGACCGGGUUGGAUGUUAUCAAUGCGGGACUGUAAGUUCGGGUCUCUUUGAAGGUCUCACCCAGCUGCCUUAGCAUGAACACAGGAGUGUGAGGCUGACAGAGUCCAGCAUAUCUGGAUGGUUUAAGAAGCUGUGGUUUACAGGGCUACCUUACUGGAACAUCUUGAAACACCUGAACAGACCAUUAGCUGCUGAGUUGAACCCCCCCCCCCCCCCCCCCCCCUCCUACAGUUUGACCACACAUCAGAACACUAUCGAUGUCAUUCCUCUCUAAGAUGACUGCCAUUAAGAGUCCGCUGUUCCUCUGUGGGGGACGGACAUCGCUGCAGGUCAGGGGUCAUUCCUGACAGUCAACAAUGAAUCUGUCCAAUCAGCAGCGAGCUGAAACAAUGAAAUAUGUAUGAGAAAUAUAGAAUAUACGUCAUGUACAUGCGUUCCUAUUUUUGUGAAGAGGAAGUAUUUCCCAACGAGCUGAGAGUAAAUAAAAGUUUCAAACUCUG